AUGAUAACCGGUAAAGUGAACUACAAUGAGCGCUACUUGUGGAAGCGUAAGGCCAAACGCUUCGCGAUCCAGAAGGAACAGCAGAGCGGACAGCCUACAGCCAAUAAGAUCAUAUCCAACUUGAGCGUCCCGCGUCCCCUGGGCAACCCGGGGCCUGGCAGGCCUCCCGCCAACCGCGCUCAGCCCAAACCAUUGGUCCCGUCGCCGCCGUCACAGGCUUUGGUGCCGGUGUCUUCAGCCGGCGCUCUUUCGACCGGCGGCGCGGUGUACCGCGUGUCGGGCUGCGGCGCCGUGGAGGUGGCGGCGCAUCUACGGCUGCUCGGCGAGAGCCUGGCCAUCAUCGGCGCCCGGCUCAAGGAGCACGAGGGCCAAAUCGCGGUAUCCGGGUCGGUGUCGGUCCUCCUCGACACACUGCUAUGCUCGCUUGCGCCGCUGCUGUGCGUCACCCGCGCGGUACCAGCGCUGGCGCCGCCACCGCGUCUAUUGCAGCAUACACUGCACAAUAUUGCUUAUAUCAUGCCCGGCCUGUGAGACAUACUAGCUCCGUCACGUGACAAAUACAAAUAUCACGUGAUAUUUGGUGUUACGUGACAAAUACUAACUCUGUCACGUGAUAUUUUGUGUCGCGUGAUAAAUACAAGUUCUGUCACGUGAUAUUUAGCCUUUUUCUUUUUGCACUAUCUUAACUUUAACCGGUGUUUUGUGUGGAGUUUGACAGACUAGAGGUUUGUUAAAGUUAAAGUAAGAUGGGGCAACCUUAGAACACGCUAUAUUAUAAUGGCCGGCCUGUGAAAAAUACUAGCUGUGAAAAAAUCACAUGAUAUUUUGUCACGUGAAAGAUACUAGCUAUGUCACGUGAUAUCUUGUUAAAUACUGAAAAGUUGAAUAGAAAGCUAGUUUAGUUUCAAUAUGAAAAAUGCCUGAAUAAUAAAGAGUUACACGUUGGAAACUAGUUUAAAAUGACAUUUUAAUUAAAUAAAUUAAACAUUAAAGUAGUUUUCGACGCGUGUGUAACUUUUUAUUAGUAACUGAACGAGGUUGAACAGCAAUAAAUUAAUGUUAAUAGAAUGUUGACUAGUAUUUUGUUCACGUGUAACUCGAUGACUAAAGUAAUUAUUGAGCGACACAUUUGAU